UCUGCUGCAGAACCGAAGGAGUAGAGAACUGACUCUCCUCUUAUCAAAUCUUUCAACAAAAACCCUAAUCUUGAAAUUUUCAGUUUCAUCGAUCUGAUUUGGUGCAGAAAUGCCUUUAAGAAUCCCAUCGCGGCCGAUGCUUGACUCAUGGAUCUGGCAUUCCAAAGAACCGUCACCGGACUCGGAACUGCUUUGCCAGAUCCCCAAAUGCCGACCUGUCAGGCUGAUAGUAUCGCGUUCGAGUUCGGUUUCAAUGGCAACAAGUGAUGAUUUGACAAGAAAGAUGACUGGAGCGCUGAAGGAUACCGAUGUGAUGAACAUGGCGGCGCCUAAGAGGAAGGCCGUGAAUGACAGUGUCUUUGGCGGAUUGUGCGAUGCAGAGGAGAGAGAAGAAGCCGAUUUCGAAUGGAGAACGGGAUCGUAUCUGGUGGUGGAGGAAGGGUGUGGAGUCGGUGGCGGUGGUGGUAGUGGUGGUGGCAGUAAGGCGUACGGUAGAGGAGGUGGGGGAGGAUAUAGCGGUAGAGAUGACGACGAUGAUGGAUCGGAUUCUUUGGAUCCCAACAAUAAAAUUGACAGAAGGGAAUUGCGCCAUCGCAGGAUGAUCAAGGCUAAUCCCAAUAGUGCUCUUUAUCUUGGCAAUUACGCUGUAUUCGUGAAAGAGGUUCGUGGGGAUUUUGCCAGAGCCGAAGGAUACUUUGAGAGGGCAAUUUUGGCGAGCCCUUUUGAUGCUACUGUUCUAUGCAUGUAUGCAGAUUUGAUAUGGAAGAGCCAUAAGGAUGCUUCUCGUGCUGAGAUUUACUUCAAGCAAGCUCUUAAAGUUUCCUCGAGUGAUUCUUAUACGCUAGCAUUGUAUGCGAGGUUUCUCUGGGAUGUCGAACAAGAGGUGGAAGGUGAAGAAGUAGAAAUGAGCAGGCAUCAUCAGCACCUACUUUCGUUAAUUGAGGGCAUUCACCCAAGCUUUUAAUUGUUGCUCCCUAAGACUACACCUUUAUGCCCUUCUCUUGCAAAAUUACUUAGAUUUGACUUCAAAGCAUUCAUGUUA